AUGGCUGCUGCAACUGCAAACACCUCCAAGAACACCAUCCUCUGCCAUGCGUGUACUGAGGAUGUAAAGGACGAAUAUGUUUCCUGCCAGGGUUUCUGCAACGCGGUGUUCCAUUUGCAUUGCAGUAGUGCCAAACCAGAGCUGUUGAAGGAAAUUGCGUCGCACCGCCAAAUCUUUUGGCUCUGCCGAUCUUGCUCCAGCCUUAUGAUGGACCUGCGGCAUCGACGUUCAGUUCAAAGCGCGUAUGAAGCAGGCCAGGAAUUAUCUCUCAGCCACCAUAAUCGCAUCGUCGAGCAGCUCAAAUCGGAACUCCUAUCCGAGUUGAAAACCGAGUUGAGUGCGAACUUUGCGAAGCUCAUUGCGUCGAACUCGUUGACUCCUAAGUCAGCAAGUCACGGUGCUGGUGGGUUUCGCGGUCCCGGAAGCCGCCGACUUUUCAACAAUCCUGCACCGCCUCUAAGGCCGCAUCCCAUGCCGCCGCAACAUGACACCGGUAAACCCAAGGAAACUGCCGAUGUUGUGGAAGGAGUAGUCGCUGAAGGGUAUGGGACAGCCACUGAAGAGGAAGUUCCUCGUUUCUGGCUUUACCUUUCCCGUGUUUCGCGGAAUGUCACGGAAGCGCAAAUCGCGAAGCUUGCCGUCGAUCGCCUAGGAGUCGUAGACGUCAAAGUCAAGAGGCUGGUCGCCAAAGGCAAAGACGUCAGCAGAAUGAGAUUUAUCUCGUUCAAAGUUGGUGUGCAUGUCGACCUGAAGCACAAAGCCCUCGCUUCUGCGACGUGGCCUGACGGAAAAUCCGCCACCCCCCCCCCCGUCCCAACCCUUAACGACGCCGACGACGCCGAGUUUGCCGCCGGAGUCUGCACCGCAAUCGACUCCAAAGAAACCGGAGCAUGUUUUGGAAAAUUCGGAAGAUACAGAGUUGACUGGAGGUUCACCCAUGGAUCAUCAGACAGACUAACGUGCGGCACAAUCGUGCCAACAAUCCCAGCAUCUUUUCGCUCUUCAUCCCAGCAUCUACCAGUACGAGUCCUCCAGUUUUCGCCAGGACGCGCCGUAGAAAGCCCUGUGGGAGCCCCUCGCCUGCCCGACGCCACCACGUCUUCACCACGCCAACGCUUGAGAACCCCUGCAAGUCGCAGCCAUCAGAGCCGUCCUGGUGCUGGUGUCGGUGUCGGGGGAGGGGUCUCUCAACCGGCGCCCGUCGGCAAGUACCCUUCUCGAUCGCAACAUUUCCUGCCUGAUGUCCGUUCAACUUCUAGCUCGUGUGCCAGCACGUCGGCGACUCAGACUGCAAACGUCUCACCGCCGUCAUUUCGAGCCAUCCAGUUUUCGCCAGGACGCGCCGUAGAAAGCCCUGUGGGAGCCCCUCGCCUGCCCGACGCCACCACGUCUUCACCACGCCAACGCUUGAGAACCCCUGCAAGUCGCAGCCAUCAGAGCCGUCCUGGUGCUGGUGUCGGUGUCGGGGGAGGGGUCUCUCAACCGGCGCCCUUCGGCAAGUACCCUUCUCGAUCGCAACAUUUCCUGCCUGAUGUCCGUCCAAUUUCUAGCUCGUGUGCCAGCACGUCGGCGACUCAGACUGCAAACGUCUCACCGCCGUCAUUUCGAGCAAUCCAGUUUUCGCCAGGACGCGCCGUAGAAAGCCCUGUGGGAGCCCCUCGCCUGCCCGACGCCACCACGUCUUCACCACGCCAACGCUUGAGAACCCCUGCAAGUCGCAGCCAUCAGAGCCGUCCUGGUGCUGGUGUCGGUGUCGGGGGAGGGGUCUCUCAACCGGCGCCCUUCGGCAAGUACCCUUCUCGAUCGCAACAUUUCCUGCCUGAUGUCCGUCCAAUUUCUAGCUCGUGUGCCAGCACGUCGGCGACUCAGACUGCAAACGUCUCACCGCCGUCAUUUCGAGCAAUCCAGUUUUCGCCAGGACGCGCCGUAGAAAGCCCUGUGGGAGCCCCUCGCCUGCCCGACGCCACCACGUCUUCACCACGUCAACGCUUGAGAACCCCUGCAAGUCGCAGCCAUCAGAGCCGUCCUGGUGCUGGUGUCGGUGUCGGGGGAGGGGUCUCUCAACCGGCGCCCUUCGGCAAGUACCCUUCUCGAUCGCAACAUUUCCUGCCUGAUGUCCGUCCAAUUUCUAGCUCGUGUGCCAGCACGUCGGCGACUCAGACUGCAAACGUCUCACCGCCGUCAUUUCGAGCAAUCCAGUUUUCGCCAGGACGCGCCGUAGAAAGCCCUGUGGGAGCCCCUCGCCUGCCCGACGCCACCACGUCUUCACCACGCCAACGCUUGAGAACCCCUGCAAGUCGCAGCCAUCAGAGCCGUCCUGGUGCUGGUGUCGGUGUCGGGGGAGGGGUCUCUCAACCGGUGCCCUUCGGCAAGUACCCUUCUCGAUCGCAACAUUUCCUGCCUGAUGUCCGUCCAACUUCUAGCUCGUGUGCCAGUCCGUCGGCGACUCAAAUCGCAAACGCCUCGACGCUGUCAGCCACCGUCCCUAGUCAACUCGCUAAUGAUGUUCAACCCCAACGCCCCGGCUCCGUGGACCGUCGUGACUCCUCACUGCUAACUAUCUACUACCAGAACGUUAGAGGACUAAGAACGAAAACAAAUCAACUGCACCUGUCGCUGAGCUCGUGUGAUUACGACGUGAUCGCAUUUUCUGAAACGUGGCUCAAUGCGAAGAUUGUGGACUCAGAGCUUUCUUCGGAUUAUACCUUUUAUCGUGCCGAUCGUAGUCGUGAAACAAGCGUCUUGGAGAGAGGUGGCGGCGUCUUGAUCGGUGUCAAAAAACGUUUUCACCCGGAACCCAUUCAUUUGCGGGGCGGCGAGAAGCUUGAGCAGAUCGCAGUGCGCAUCCCCUUGCCUGGAAAGACGUUAUUCGUCUGCUGUGUUUACAUUCCUCCCAACUCAGAUGCAACUAUCUACACUCAGCACUCAUCGUGUGUUCAACAACUGUGCGAUCUGGCGCAAGGUCCUGAUGAAGUCAUCGUCGUUGGCGACUACAACGUUCCGAAUCUCUCUUGGCAUUUCGACGAAGACAUCAACGGGUACCUGCCUAGCGGCCAAUCUACUGAACAGGAAGUUGCUCUGAUUGAGGACGUUCUUGGUACUGGCCUCCAGCAAAUGUUUGAUCUUCCGAACGCAAAUGGACGAUUACUCGAUCUGGCCCUCGUAAGCGACUCGUCUCGAUUCCAACUCAUUGAACCACCCCGUGCCAUUCUCAAGGUUGACGCACAUCACAGGCCGUUUAUCCUAGUUCUCGAUAUGCAAUCAACGGGGACCGCUGCCGAACAAGCCGGAACGUACUACGACUUUGCUAACUGCGACACCACGGCAUUAAACAACUCUAUUGCAAGCUUGGACUGGGCUAAUCUGCUACUCGUUGGAUCUGUUGAUGACAUCGUUGAACGAUUCUACGACAAGCUAAAUGAAAUUAUCCGAGAGGUUGUACCUCUAAAGCAUCGACGUCCGCACCCAAACAGCCACCAGCCUUGGUGGAAUCGAGAGACCCGUAAUCUUCGCAACAGGCUGCGAAAAGCAAGGAAACGUUUCCUUAAACAUCCGACGGAAAUGCUGGGCAGGGAGUUGGCGGAUCGAGAGUUGCACUACGAGAUGAGCUUAGAAGCUGCCUUCCGAGGAUACAUCAGUGGCAUCGAAUCGAACCUGAAGCGUGAGCCGAAAUCCUUCUGGGCGUUCGUGAAGAAGCGGAAGCAAGACAAAGGGAUUCCGCAGGACAUGGUGUAUCGUGACUCAAGCGCCUCAACGCCAGACGAUUCUGUACAACUGUUUGCAGAUUUUUUCAAAACCGUUUACAGCGCCAAUCAACCUACACCCAGCAACGAGUCCCUGGACAAGAUCCUGCCGCACGAGUUACACAUGCCCUUGGUGUGUCUCACGGAGGAAGACGUGCGCAAGGUCUUGGCCUCUACCGACGCCUCCAAAGGACCUGGCCCGGACUGUAUCCCUCCGUCCAUUGUAAAGCAGUGCGCAGCUACACUAGCAAACCCGCUCGCCAUUAUUUUCAACCGCUCCCUUGAAUCGGGUGUGUUCCCUGCUAAAUGGAAGGUAGCUUCGAUCACGCCAAUUCACAAGUCCGGGAACGUGCACAACGUGGAAAAUUAUCGUUCGAUCUCCAUUUUGAGCUGCCUACCCAAGGUGUUCGAGAAAAUUGUGCAUGAGUUUUUAUCCCAUGCCGUGCAACCAAUAAUAUCUGCCUGUCAGCAUGGUUUCAUGGCCAAGAGAUCUACGACAACGAACCUGAUGACCUUUGUCACCGACGUCUUAAGGAGUAUGGAGAGUCGCUGCCAGGUGGAUGCUGUCUAUGUGGAUUUUGCGAAGGCGUUCGAUAGAGUGCCGCACCAGCUUGCCGUUGAAAAACUGCGAAGGCUUGGACUCCCUGAAUGGAUCACGACUUGGCUGCACUCGUACCUAACUUCUCGUUCAGCCUACGUUAAACUCGGUGGCUCGAAGUCUGGGCUGUUCAUGAUCCCGUCUGGUGUCCCGCAGGGUAGUCAUCUGGGCCCACUAAUUUUUCUUCUGUUCAUCGACGAUCUCUGCCACUGGAUCAAGAACGACAAGGUCUUGUACGCUGAUGACUUGAAGUUCUAUCGCACAAUUACUUCACCGCUCGAUUGCCUGGCUCUCCAAAGUGACAUUGAUUCGCUCAUGAGGUGGUGCGAUCAAAACGGGAUGGAGGCCAACGCAAAAAAGUGUCAAGUAAUUACAUUCGACCGUAAGCUGCGCCCAAUCACGCACGCCUACAUGAUGGGAAUAUCCUUGCUAGACCGGGUGUCUUCUGUUAAGGAUCUUGGCGUUACUCUUGACAGAAAGCUGACUUUCAACGAGCAUAUCACUUCCGUCACGGCUAAGGCGUUUGCUACAAUUGGUUUCAUCCGAAGAAACACGACUGCCUUCAAAGACAUCCACGCUCUAAAAGCUCUGUACAGCGCCCUAGUUAGAAGCCAGUUGGAGUAUGCUGCCCAGGUGUGGGCACCAUAUCACAAUGUACACAUCGCCAGGUUGGAGAGGGUGCAACGCGCGUUUGUGCGGCUAGCAUUACGCACGCUGCCGUGGAGGAAUCCGCCGGAGCAGACAUCAAUCGAGGAUCGCCGUCGUCUGUUGGGGCUGGACACGCUGUUGAAGAGGAGACAGAGGAUGCAGCAGCUGUUUAUCUUCGAUAUUUUGACGAAAAGGCUGGACUGUCAAAAAUUGUCUCAACUUCUGAUCGUUUAUGUUCCACCACGUAAUCUUCGUCGAAAUCCGUCUAUGUUUCGUCUAUCUGUGCACCAUACUGUGUAUGGACACAACCAACCAUUUGAUGUAUGCUGUCGUUUGUUUAAUGUAGUUUCUGACCGUUUUGUUUUAAAUAUGACGAAAGAUAGUUUUAAGAAAUUAAUUAGCUGUUAGGAAACAGUCUGUUCAAGACGAAGAAGAAGAUAAAUAAAAUAAAUAGCUGUCGGCCACCAUUGCUAGUGCCAGCCACUAGUGUCUUCCUUUUUAUCUACAAGGACUUCGCCGCCCUGGGCUCCUAAGUGUAUGAAAGUAUGGCACGGAGUGACGGCGCCGAAUCGAGAAAUUAAAAGUGAGAGUGUGUGCGUGCAACAUUGAGUUAAACUUUUCGAAGUGCCAUGGGAACCUUCACAGCAACUGCACAGAAAGUUUAACUCCAUGUUGCACACACUCUCACUUUUAAUUUCUCGAUACCCAUAUUUACACAAAGAAUUUUAGUGCGCCCGCCGCGGGAUUCGAACCGUCGACCUCUGGAUUGUGAGUCCAGUGCGCGGCCCGAUUGAUCCACACGGGGGUCCUAAACAACUCCCUAAAGUUUAGGAACGAUUGGUUUUUGUUGGCUACGGGCGAGCUGCCUGAAGUGAGAUAUAGAUGUCGCCCCCCUGUGGGAAUCAGUGUGGGGAAAACCAUUUUUUGGAUUUUGACAUUACAAAAAUCCACGUUUCAUGCUAUCGAGAAAUUAAAAAGAGAGAUGUGAGCCGGUAACAUGGAGUGAAACUUUCGGAGCUGUCAUGGAAUGCUUCACAGCAGCUUGACAGAAAGUUUAACUCCAUGUUGCACUUUUAAUUUCUCGAUAGCGGUAUACGCUCGAAAAUCACGUUUUAGACGAGUUUUGAGGACGCUUCUUCUUUCAGGAGCAAGUUAACACCAUAAGGCUUUCUAGGACCAGUGAAUAAAAUAGAACCAAUCGUUCUCAAACUUUGGGGAGUUUUUUAGGACACUAUUAGGAACUGAAAAAUUACUGUGUUGGAAAAUCGAUUUUGUUAAUGACAAUUUUGCUUAUAACGGCAGUUAAGUGAACAUAAACCUCAGUUAAGGGUGGAUAGUACUAGUAAUCUACGAACUGUAUUUCAAGAUAAUUCCUUCUGCGUGAAGGGCUCUUACUUGUUCCUCGCGAGUUUUGCAACCAUGCAGUGUUUUUGUCAUCUCGAUGAACAACGGCAACCGUUGCAGAUUCGAAACCACCUGAACAGAUCCCGUUCCUGGAGACGAAAAAGCGGGAUAAUCCACUUUCGUGGAUGUUGGUGGUGUUUUGCUAUCGAAUUUUCUCAAACUCGGUUCGUUUUGGGCAGCUUCGAUUCUUUGUCAAAUGGUCUUCACAACAAUCGAGAAAUUAAAAGUGCAACAUGGAGUUAAAGUUUCUGUCAAGCUGCUGUGAAGUAGUCCAUGGCAGCUGGGAAAGUUUCACUCCAUGUUACCGGCUCACAUCUCUCUUUUGAAUUUCUCGAUUGUCGAGGGCAGUCAUUGGCCGAACCGUUCAUUGUUUGAACUUCUGUCAAAAUUUUCUCACCCGCGUUCGAACACAAACUCAAGUUCACGUUGAGUUUCACACUUUGGUGACUUUGGGUUUGAACUCUGGUGACAACAAUAGAGGAUUCUACGUUCGCAUGUAUUGCGUGUACGUACACGAAAAAGAUUGAGGUUAAAUUAUGUCCGGCCACCAAAAUCAAAUGGUGCACUAGUGUGUGUACGCGAAACGUCAUAAAGCUCUAUCGAGAAAUUAAAAAGAGAGAUGUGAGCCGGUAACAUGGAGUGAAACUUUUGCAAGUGUCAUGGAAAACUUCACAGUUGCUUGACAGAAAGUUUAACUCCAUGUUGCACUUUUAAUUUCUCGAUUGUUUGGUUUGCACGGUUUUCUCGGCUAAACACAUUUUUGUGUUUGAAAAAUGGCAUGGAUUUAAAUAAAAUAACUUGUCAAAGCUAAAUCAAAGCUCGUGCAUUGCUAAAACCUUUUGUUUCAGUCAAAUGUUCAAACACGGGUUCAAACACGGGUAACAAACAUGAAAUUGGGUCCUAAAAUGAAGCUUAGAUUGCUGAUAUUAUUGUUUACAGUGAUAAAUCUUAUUUUUCUGAGUACAAUGACCCUUUGUACGACCACAAAGAGUUUAAAAUUGAUUUUUAAAUCAAUUUUGAAAAAUUGACCUCGCGGUCCUCUUGACAGAAAAGUUCCUACUUGACAGCUCGUUCCAAGGGGACCAUAGUUGAUCCAUCGAAAAAAUGUUGUCUUGUCAUUUUUUUUGCAUUAAAAUUAAAAAAAAGUGAUCCGAAAUUGUUUUUGAUCGUGUUUUUUACCGUUGUACAUAAAAAUUGACAUACACACAAAAAAAUAUUACUGUAAUGGCAAAAGUAACUUAUUUUCGAUUUAAAAAGUUGCUAAAAUUUGCUUGAGGGAAAGUUUUUUUCUUGUCUUAAGAAUGAAAACUUUUACUGGUAAAGUUUUUGAAAUUCUCCUGACUAACUGAUUUAAAAGUCUUGACUUUUAAUACGACUAUAUCAUUUCUUUCAUUUUGACGUUCUCGUGUAACCGUGUACGACUAAGUUCCAAAUGUAAACAAACACAUUGGUGGGUCCGGUAGUCCGGUGGAGCAAAGCAAAGACACCGCGGCAGCAGCCAGGACUCGGACGCGAAAACCUUCGUGAGCCAAACAGCAGCAGCGGAACGCCUUUGAAGGAGAGUAGUGCGGGUGCGGGACAAGGUCGAGUGCUCGAAAAGGACAAGGCCAGGUUCCUGAAGGAACUGCAGCUUUUCCACGACCGGAAUGGGUAAGAAGAAAGCUUGGUUAUUUUGUAGGGUUUGCAAACAUGUGAUUGAUUUUGUUUGUUUUUGUAGGAUGGGAGGUAGGAAUGUGGAUUCGCACCGGUUGUAUUCGGUGGUGGUGGCCCGGGAUUGGUGGUUAAAGGUCAAUUCCCACGAGGACUGGGACGAGAUCUUCGAGAAGAUGGCGCUGCUGAAGCGUUGCGUGAACAACGAGAUUGCGUUGUGGAAGAUCAUCCGGUUUUUGGACAAGUACGAGAAAGUUAAUUUUCACGAUGUGGAGAAAGAUCCGACGAAGAGGAGGACGACGAGAAGCGGCAUAAUCUGAGGUGGUGCGCGGAUGUUGCACUCGGUGCCGGCGGUUUACAACACCGCAACUUCCCGCCCACAAACGCUCAACUCGCGACGGCGCAGCUCCUGCCGAAUGAAGCUGGACAGCGAGACGGAAAAACCUGUCAUUCUCGAAGGAGGAUGAAGUGCUCGAAAUCGAAUUCCGUUCCGAGGGCCUCAUCAACCCCAUGUGUCGGAUGCGCUUCCAGAAUCGGGAACUCCCCGUUCAGGCUCUUCACUUCCCAGCCGGGAAACGUCGACCACCCUUCCCGAAUCAACGGCCAACUCCUCCAAGACUGUCCUGAUGAAGGCCGGCAACGUGACCAUUCUCUACACUGCUGUCGCGCGUCGAAACGUCCAUCCGGAACCGUCCAGCCUGGGGUCUUUGGAAGUGACCGGUGGCGUACCAUAAGAAUCGGUACAGCUUGGACUCGGAUGUUGAUCAACCUUGAGCAGAAGCGCUAAAUACAUUAAAAAAAUGUUUUUUUUUUGCAUACUGUUUGAAACUUUUAAAAAUAAAUAUAAAAAUCAAGCACAUUUUUAUGAAAUUAUCACUGUAGUAAUAAAUGUUGUU